CGCUUCUAGCCGCCUCAGCCAGUGGGGGAAGCCCAGCCGCCCUUCCCAGGCCCUAAAGACUUCUGUGCUAUCCGCUGCAUUUCCAUAAAAUUCUAAGCUGAGACAUGUAGAAAAAGAUGUUUUGAUUCCACAAAUAAUGAGGGAGCGAGCCAAGGAGCUGUGUUCAGAUAAAGUGCAAGCAUUUACUAAAUGCUGUCAAGAAACUGGUCUUCUUAUGGUGGUGAAGUGUCGGCAAGAGAACACAGCACUGAAAGACUGUCUAGUUGGCUACUAUUCUGAUCCAUUAUUCUAUGAAGAAUGCAAAACAGAAUAUUUGAAGCAAAGAGAAGAAUACAGAGCAACUGGAAUUAAGAAAAAAAGACAGAAGCUUACUUCAAAUGUGUAGUUAAAAUGAACUUUUCAAAUUUUAUAUCCAACUUUGAUUUGACUUGAUUUAAACAGACUUAAAUCAUCUGUACCCCUCUGUGUGGAAUUUAACUGAAAUACACAAAAUGAGAUGAAUGGAGAAUAAAAUAAUGUCUGAACUUAAAAGAAGUCAAUUUUUUAAUUUUCUGUAAUUAAAGAUUAAAGCAUGCUGUUGCAGUUUGCAAGAGAAGUUGCAAAGGUCUGUUCCUCUGGACUUGAGAUUUUGUUACCAAUUUACAAAUGGCCUUUUGGAAUUUAAAGCUUGUGUCUAGUUAUGUGUGGCAGGCUACAUAAAAACUUAAGGGUGAAUAAUUUAAGUUGUAUUAAUGUAUACCUAAUUUGUGAUCAGCUAAAACUGGUCUAUUUGUCAUCUGAAGCUGAGGGUGUAUGGAGAUGCUCUUGAUGCUCUUGCUAGAAGAGAAGGGUGACGAAUGCAGAGGAGAAGAGUUUCUUGAACCAAUUCAUGAAAAUGUUGAGCCAUAUGGGAGCCUGAUUGAUAGUACUUUUGCCUACACUGUGACUCAUUUUUAAGUCUACGUUGUCAGAAGAGAUGGAUGCUCCAUGCCUGUGUGUGGCCCAGACCGACCCUUUCAACUCUAGAGGAAAAAGUCAUCUGAUCUAGGCCUUCCCUGAGAAUGGGAGAAGGCACGCUGAAGGCAAAGUCAUUGAGAGCAGUAUCCUCCCCUGCUUUCCUCUUUCAGAACGAAGAUGAUUGUGUAAGCUUCCACACUUCAGGAGUGAGCGAGUGACCACACUUGCAAAAUUAUUACGGGUAGAGGUGAGUAAACAACUAAACUGGGUAUGUAAGAUGCAGGUCACUUCUUGCAGAAACUAAGUGUAAGCAAGUCCCUAUUUAAAAAGGGGCAUACAAAGGAUCUUUUAUAUACUGAUACUUGAAGCUGCUUAGUUGUAGAACUCUCAAAUGCAUAAAUGGCUUCACUAGAGAUAGUCUGUAAAACUUUAUAUUACUAUUUUGGAGUAUCUUUUGAAGCAUUUUGAAAUAAAAAAUUUCUUUGCAAGUAAGGGAAGUCUGUACUUAGAAAACUUACUCACAUGGUAACUUUAAUGCCCUGAUUAAAAAAAUGAGUAAGUAGUAGGAUUUGUUGCUUUUCCAUCAGAAGAUGCAAAAUUUGACUUGUUUAUUUUAGUACCGUUUCACUGGUUUAGUACUUAUUUUAGUACUGUUUCACUGUACUGUUUUAGUACUGUUUUGCGUUUUACUGGAAUAAUCAAUAAUAAUGUUGUUUCUGCUAUUAGACAGCAGAUUGGCUAGAGGACUAGGGAAUGCUUGUGAAUUAAAAACUGAAAACGUGUAGCAUUCUGCCUUGUUAGGCAAACUUAAGUGGCAUUCAGCUCUAAAACUAACCACCUUAAAAUAGCUUCUGUGGAAUAAAGUUUCCCACACAUGUACUUGCUCUUGGCUCCUCAGUUCAAGCAUUUUGGAAAACAAAAACAUUCCAAAUCAGUUAGUGGAAAAUUAGUUGUUUCCCUGUAUGUAUUUAAAAAAGAGGAAGCUUAAGGUAGAUGGUGAAAUGUUUUUUAAGGACAGCAACUGGUCUGUUACCCCACUAUGAAAAUCUGCUACAUUUUCAACCUCUCAAAAGUGAGCCUGAGUGUUUGUAAUUGUUGUCAAAAGCACUUCCAAAGAGGAUUUGGGCUGGAUGAGCAUUCUCUUCAAGGCAAGUGCUGUGUGUGCUGCCAGUGGUACGUGCCCGCACCGAGGGCUCACCUGGGUCUUACUCAGGUUCACACCACAGCUGGUGAACGCAGACAGCAGCACCAGCAAUGGGUUUCUCCUUUUCUGGCUUAGCAGAAAGGAUGUUCAGCAGGUGAGGGGGAACCCCAGUGCAUUGACCAGUACUGCUGGGAAGGAAUUAAUGCCUGUAGUGGAACAAAGCCCAGUUUAACCUGCAGGUAUUACUCCCGCACCAUUCUAUACAUGCUGUAUGGGAAGGACUGUAACAACUCACUUCUGUGCUGAUAACCAAGCGCUACUGUCAAGCCUGAAAUUGCAUGUACUGAAUUAUCCUGUAUUUUAAUUGCAUUUACAUCUUUUAUUUAAAGUUUAAAUGAAAGAAUGACUACUAUGAAGUGACAAACUCA